UGCUCGCAGUUACUGACAGCGGAAAGUCGACAAAGAGAAGAACAGGGAGCGGGGUGGUGAUACUCUCCUGGUUCCGCAAUGAGGCACCGGACCGCGGCCGCCCGGUGUGGCGCUGCACGGGACCUGAGGGCAGCUUGGGUCCUGACUGUGACCGUCUGCUUCAACGCUCACGCUGCCGGCGGGUCACCGCUGGUCCCGGAUCCCGAGGUUUUUCUGGAAAAGUACGGCUACCUCCAUCAGGACAACCACAUCCACAAUGCAGCUGAGGUGCAGUCGGCCGUCCGUGAGUUCCAGUGGUUGUCGCAACUUCCUGUCACAGGUGAACUUGACAGCACCACCUUGAGGCAGAUGUUGGAGCCCCGCUGUGGGGUGUCAGAUGAGGGCAGCCAGCAGAUCUGGGCUCAGAGGCUAAGUGCUGCCUUUUUUUGCACGGACCCCUGUCCACAGUUGUGCUUUUCUGAGAAGUGGUACAAGCAUCACCUGACCUACCAGAUAGUGAACUGGCCUCGGCACCUGUCUCUGGGUGUGGUGCGGCUGGCGGCGCGUGCUGCCUUCCAGUUGUGGAGCAAUGUCUCAGGCCUGGUGUUCCAGGAGGUUCCUGAAGGACCGGCAGACAUCCGGCUGGCCUUUUAUGAGGGAGACCACAACGACGGGGCCAACAAUGCCUUUGAUGGACCAGGAGGAACUCUGGCUCACGCCUUCCUGCCUCGAAGUGGGGAAGCCCACUUCGACAUGGCGGAGAGGUGGACACUGAAUGGGCACAAAGGACACAACCUGUUCAUGGUGACCGCUCAUGAGAUCGGACACACACUCGGGCUGGAGCACUCGCCCGUCCGGCACGCCCUGAUGUCGCCGUACUACAGGAAACUGGGCCGCAACCUGUUGCUGAGCUGGGACGACAUCAUCGCAGUGCAGCAACUGUAUGGUAAACCACCAGGUGAUCGUCCUGUGAGGCUGCCAGGUCAGGUUUUGCACGCGACGCUGCAGAAAUGGGAGUUCACAGAGCUUCACAACGAGCCUACGAGCACAGGCCAGCCUCUCUACUGCCACGGCAUGUUUGAUGCCAUCACUGUGGACCAGAAGGAGAUGGUGCUGGUGUUUCGGGGCAGCGUGUACUGGACAGUAUCAGCUAAAGGCAGUGUGAGCGGCCCGCUGGCUCUCCAUGGGCGCUGGGCUGACCUUCCCUCGGCCAUUGAAGCUGCUGCCUUCUGCCCGCUGGACUCCAAGUGGUAUUUUUUUAAAGGGAAACGGAUGUGGCGCUACACCGGCAGUGUGCUGGACCAAGGUUUCCCCAUGAAGAGCAGUAAUUUGGGGCUGCCUCACCACCCUGACUCGGCUUUCUAUUAUCCCCCACUGGGUCACAUGGUCCUCUUCAAGGGUUCCCGCUACUCUGUGCUUAAUCUCAAAACUCUGCGCCAAGAGCCCUACUACCCCCGCAGGCUGGCAGACUGGACUGGGGUGCCACAGGGGACCAACGGGGCGCUGUCUCGUCCAGAUGGACGCCUCUACCUGUUCAGAGAACAGCGGUUCUGGAGAUUUGACCCAGUCAAAGUGCGAGUCACCAGAGAAGGCCAGUGGGCCAAGGAUCUGAGCUGGACUGGCUGCAGCAAUUCUCCAGAGAGCAACAACAUCCUUUGACCAGCAGAGGGAGCUUAUUUGCACUGUGACAGAGGAACAAGAAAGUGCUGCCCAUUCAUUCACACAUCAACUGAUGGCCUCGGGGAGGAACUUGGGGUUCAAGGUUUUGGCCAAGGACAUUAAGAUAUGU